AUCCCUGAUCCCGCUCAUCGGCAGACCCGUCAACUCAAUACAACUUCACCUCCCUCCUAUUCCUUUUCGUGUCAAUUCGUCUCUCUCUCUCUCUCUCUCCUCUCUCUCUCUCUCACGCUUCAGGAAUCUAUCCUAUUUACCUUUCACAAUACCAGAGCAAAAAAAAGAAAAAAAAACUAGCCUACCUGUUUCAAGAAAAAUAAAGCCAGAAGAAAAGCAAAGGAGACAGAUGGGAGAUUGCAGGCCAUUGGGGUUCUUGGUUGGCCUUCCCUUUGCAAUUCUCGCAUUGGUACUGUCCUUAGUUGGCGCAGUUGUUUGGAUCAUAGGGACGAUCUUGAGUUGUUUGUGCCCGUGCUGCGUGUGCUUUGCCGGGCUGACCAAUUUGGCGAUUGAUCUCAUCAAGAUGCCGGUCAAAGUCAUCCAGUGCUUUGUAGACCAGAUCCCUUGUUAAUUAACCUUGUUUAUCUUUUAAUUUUAGUUUCAUGCUUCUGUUAGUAAUUUGAUUAUUGCCUAUAAAUUUGUAUUAUUUAAGUUGUGUUGUAUCGGUGGGUAUGGGAGUUACAUGAGAGGAAAGUCUUCCGGCGUAUCGAAUUGUUCACUUGCUCUGAUCAAACUGGCUUUCACGUGUUUCCGUGUGUAUCGAUUAGAUUUAUAAAUAUUCCUAGAAAGCUUCAGUUU